UAUUAAAAAUCUAUCGUUCGUGUAGUGUAUAUUAUAAAUUAGUAAUGACAGUAAAUAUUGAACGCAUCAUAUGCGUGGUAUUGUCAUUUUCGCGUGGCGCACUCGAUUACGAAAGUACCGAUAAAUUUCUCACGUGUACGUUCACUACGUUCGCACGUGUCUGAGCGUGUGAUUGACGACGCCCGCGUGAUUUCGACGAGGCGACUUUUUGUAAAUUCAACGAUGCCCUACAAACGUAAAAAGUAUCACAGAGGUGACACGCAUUUAAAAAAAGGUUGGAGAACGAAACGGAAGACGAAAGACUUGGAUGAGAUCGAUGAGGAUCUCAAGGAAGAGAACGUGAGGCAGCUGUUAAACCAGGAAGUAGAUUUUGACAAACCGGGAGCGGCGCAGUAUUACUGCCCUCAUUGCGCGUAA